GCGGAGGUCAUGUUCGCUCCUUAGCCGGCAAACGACUUUUCUCCUCGCCUCCUCGCCCCGCAUGUUCAGGACCAAACGAUCUGCGCUCGUCCGGCGUCUCUGGAGGAGCCGUGCGCCCGGCGGCGAGGACGAGGAGGAGGGCGCUGGGGGAGGCGGAGGAGGAGGCGACCUGCGGGGAGAAGGGGCGACGGACGGCCGGGCGCAUGGGGCCGGUGGCGGCGGCGCAGGCAGGGCUGGCUGCUGCCUGGGCAAGGCGGUGCGAGGUGCCAAAGGUCACCACCAUCCUCACCCCCCAGCCGCGGGCUCCGGCGCGGCCGGGGGCGCCGAGGCGGAUCUGAAGGCGCUCACGCACUCGGUGCUCAAGAAACUGAAGGAACGGCAGCUGGAGCUGCUGCUCCAGGCCGUGGAGUCCCGCGGCGGUACGCGCACCGCGUGCCUCUUGCUGCCUGGCCGCCUGGACUGCAGGCUGGGCCUGGGGGCGCCCUCCGGCUCGCAACCCGCGCAGCCGCCCUCGUCCUAUUCGCUCCCCCUCCUGCUGUGCAAAGUGUUCAGGUGGCCGGAUCUCAGGCAUUCCUCGGAAGUCAAGAGGCUGUGUUGCUGUGAAUCUUACGGGAAGAUCAACCCCGAGCUGGUGUGCUGCAACCCCCAUCACCUUAGCCGACUCUGCGAACUAGAGUCUCCCCCUCCUCCUUACUCCAGAUACCCGAUGGAUUUUCUCAAACCAACUGCAGACUGUCCAGAUGCUGUGCCUUCCUCCGCUGAAACUGGGGGAACGAAUUAUCUGGCCCCUGGGGGGCUUUCAGAUUCCCAACUUCUUCUGGAGCCUGGGGAUCGGUCACACUGGUGCGUGGUGGCAUACUGGGAGGAGAAGACGAGAGUGGGGAGGCUCUACUGUGUCCAGGAGCCCUCCCUGGAUAUCUUUUAUGAUCUACCUCAGGGGAAUGGCUUUUGCCUCGGACAGCUCAAUUCGGACAACAAGAGUCAGCUGGUGCAGAAAGUACGGAGCAAAAUCGGCUGUGGCAUCCAGCUCACGCGGGAAGUGGAUGGCGUGUGGGUGUAUAACCGCAGCAGUUACCCCAUCUUCAUCAAGUCAGCCACACUGGACAACCCGGACUCCAGGACGCUGUUGGUACACAAAGUGUUCCCCGGUUUCUCCAUCAAGGCUUUUGACUACGAGAAAGCGUACAGCCUGCAGCGGCCCAACGACCACGAGUUCAUGCAGCAGCCGUGGACUGGCUUCACCGUGCAGAUCAGCUUCGUGAAGGGCUGGGGCCAGUGCUACACCCGCCAGUUCAUCAGCAGCUGCCCGUGCUGGCUGGAGGUCAUCUUCAACAGCCGGUAGCCACGUGGGGAGAGGACAGAGCGCGAGCCUAGCGGGCCCAGUCCAAACU